AUGAUCCGAAUAAUUUUAAUUAAUCAUCUUAAAUUUUAUUUGCAUUACAGAAUCGUGAGGAAUAAAGCCGCUGAAAAGGCGAAACAUGCGCACCAGCAGCAACAGGCUCAGCAACAAGGGCAACCGGGUUCUGGAGGUUCUGUAUCGGUGAUAGCCCACGCACCCGCAACUGCUGGUGGUCAUCCGGCAGCUACUGCUCCCAACGCUUACAGUAUCAGCGGAAUUCUUGGGAUUCCUGCUCAUCAUCAGGAUCCUAAUGGCAAUAGCAUCAAAAGGAAACGCACUGAUGAUGAUGAAAAUCGCGACCACUUGAGCGACCAUGCGGAGGACGAUUUGAAAAGACAGAGAAAUAAUUACAACGGAGAUCAAUUAUAUUCAAAUCUCUGGUCAAGCAAAUGGAACAUAAAGGACGAACAGAACAAGCUCUUGAACGAGCUCGGUGGAGCCGGUGGUACCGGAAACAGUGGGACGACGGGGAGCGGAACAACAGGAGGCGCCAACGGUGCCGGCGGUGGUGCUGGGAAUAAUACCUCUGGUUACUAUGAGCACAGUGGAUUCCCCGGGAACGCUAUUGCCACCUCGGCGGAGCUCUACGAUUCUUUAGGCAGUAUCAGCACGAUGACGCAGGCGCAAGCACCCCAUCUUUAUACCCCGCCCAUCGGGGGUACCAUAGGUGGAACAUUGACACCAUUGGCGCCGUUGACGAUGCAGGAAUUAAAAUUAAGCCAGACAUUAGAUGGCACUAAUAUGUCACCUUAUCAUGGUACCGAUAGAAGCUUGAUAAGAAUGUUGUGUUAUUAUGCAUGUAUAGAGAGCAGUGGCGUAGCAGUUUCGUACGUGAACGUGAGCGGAACCGGAGACCAUAGUCCCCCAGUAUCUCUUCAAGACGGUAAUGUUACCCCUACAACCCCCAAUGCCGGCGGGGGUGACCCUGGAUUGACUGUCCUGCAAUCGCCAGUCUCCCAAGCACAGGUUGCUUCUUCGAUACCUCCUUACUCCACCAUGCUGCCUAGUUUUGGACACUACGCUACAGGAGGUGGAGAUUACGCGUACAGUGCAGCAUACUCACAAUACUCCAGCGCGCCGUACACUGGCUAUGGUUAUGGAGCAGCUACAAGCGGGUUGCUCAACUCAACAUACUAUUACUGCAACGGGGAUACGCUGGCGUCUUCCCAGAACUCGCAGCACCACCAGAGCUGCAACGGCAUGGCAGACAACAGCGCUGACGUCGCAAGCCGGUCGCCUUUGGCGGCCACCCGCGCAAGCAGCGGAGCGAGCGCUGCAUCACCUACAGGAAGCGCCUGCACCAACAAAACAGAUCACGCUUCUACGGAUUUGUACCUGGCUUGAUUCACUUAAGUGUUCGUUCUACUCGACUAUCACAAGAAUAAUAAUAAUAAAUGAUAAUAAUAAAGAAGAAAAGAAGAAAACAGAUAAUUAA